GGCUUCUCUCUCCUCCCACCACCCGGGAACAGCUGGAGAACAUAGCACAUCAGAGAGAAGCAUCGACGCAGAUGUGAUCGAAGUGGACCCGCAGACCGGAACGAUCGUCUCGGCGGCAGCCUCUUCUUGGCACCAAUGCCGCCCAGCGAGGGAAGGGGCCGUAACUUGUGCAUCUGGUUUAUCUCCUGCCUCUUCUUUCUCGUCCUCCUCGCUGGCGGAGCUUUCCUCGUGCUCUACAUCACCUUGCCCGAAACCAAAGACACGGCCUGGUUCCCGAUCGCCGGGAUGACCCUGGUGACCGUUCCGUGGAUGUUCUGGUUCACGACGUGCAUCUACCGGUUCGUCGCGACGGGGAAGGAAGGAGGAGUGAGACCGGUGCCGACCAGAGCUGCUACGAUGUCCCCAUCUGGCGGCGGUGCGGCCGCCACCGGUGCAGCAGCCACCGCCACAGUCGACUCACCUGUUAAUUCCCCGGGCGACGCGAGGAGGGUGAGGUUCGGCAACGCCACCGUCAUGGGCACACAGAACGACGCCGACGGGGAUGGAGGGCCGGCAGGCGCUAGUGGGCUGCCGCCGGGAGAAGAGGCCGAGGAGGAUUCGGAUGCCACACUCGCGUCGAGCGAUGGUUCGUCUCUCAACUCGCACGAGAGCGAAGUGCCUCUGGCUUUCUCCAUGUCUUGAUCAUGGUUCAUCAGCAUCAGUUUUUGCAAGAACUGAACUCCUUCCUGCGUUAUCUUUCAUCUCUGCUCACAGCUCCCAUCCAUUGAUUCGAAUUCUCCAUGAAAGGAGGCAACUGUAGAACAUGAGCAUAGGCCGUUUGUUCAUACAAUCGUUGAGCAUUUGUUCGUUUAGAUUCUCCUCUCUCUUCCGCCACAUCUGCCUCAUCUCAAUCUUUACCCUGUGGUUCAACUCAUCACUUGUGAUCGUUCCAGCUUUCUUCUUCGAUUCAUUGAUUUCUCAC